AUGGUAAGACCAGCUAUGAUAUAUGGAUCGGAAACAGCAGCGCUGACCAAAGGACAAGAGAAGAAGCUGGAAAUUGCAGAAAUGAAGAUGAUGCGAUAUGAGGUGGGAGUUGCAAGGAAAGACAAAGUCAGAAAAGAAAACAUCAGGGAGAGGCUAGGCAUUCGAAAGAAGCUAACAGAUAAGAUCAAGGAAAGUAGACUGAGGUGGUUUGGCCAUGUCUAUCGGAGGGAUGAGAGCUAUGUUGGGAAGAGGGUUAUGAAAAUGACUGUGGGGAAACGGAAAAGAGGCAGCCCAAAGAGACGUUGGUCUGAUUGUAGCAAGGGAGAUCUGGUAAGUGUGGGGGCUGUGGCUAGAGACGCUGCAGAAAGAAUUUCCUGGAGAAGAAUUGUCCGCACCGGCGACCCCGUUGUGACGGGAGACAGCCAGUAG